CCAGCACCUCCCCCUUCUGCAAGCAUCUCUCCUCAACCUCUCCCAGCAACUCCAAUUCCAAUUUCUCUCAAGCCCUCUCAAACCAACCAGCAAAUCAAUCCCCAGGACCUCAACUCUCAAUCCUGUGGCACAACACCGCACCCCGAACCCACCAACCAACCCCAACCGCAACAACACCCACCGACCUGGACAAACAGAGAAAAUGGCAUUCCUCCUCUCGCGCACAACCUCCACCCUGUUAGGCACCACCCUCGGCCUCGGCCUCACCUUCACUCUGCACCCGCUCUCGCCCUUCCGCGCCGCGCCCCUCCAAUGCCAAUACUCCGCCCCCGCCGGCACACCCGAAACCAACUGGACCGUCCCUGCCACGGACCCCGCGAUUCUCAAACAAGGCCGCACGGGCCCGAUCCUCACGGCCUCGAACAUGCGGCAGGUGAGCCUGGGCAGCGUGCUGGGGCUGGUGGUGGGCGUGGGCUUGCGGGCGUUCUCGCGCGUGCUGGUCGUGUUGAUCGGGAUGGGGAUUGUGGCUGUUGAGUGGGCCGCGGCCAAGGGGUACAAUAUCCUGCCCGUCAAUACUCUCCAGAAAUACGUGAAGCGGGUGGAUUUGCAGGGCGCCGUGUCGAAGCAUAUCCCCUUUAAGUUGAGCUUUGGGGUCACGAUGGGGUUGGCUGCUUUUGCGCAGUUUUAGCUUGGCUUAUUAGUGGUGGUGGGUGUAUUAGGGGUGAGAUGAACGUUUUGAUGUAGAAUAGAUGGUGGACCAAAUAUAUUUCAUCCAAUCCAAUACUAUCA